GAUGUGGCCUGCCAGGACCUUCAGGAGUUACCUCAUCAGCCCGCGCGCUCGUCCGCUCUCUCUCUCUCAGCGGCGCUGCCUCUCCUGGGUGGCCGCCAUUAGGACCUGACACCAUGCCUGCCCUCAGACCCCUGGUGAAACCUAAGAUCGUCAAGAAGAGAACCAAGAAGUUCAUCCGCCAUCAGUCAGAUCGUUAUGUUAAGAUCAAGCGCAACUGGCGUAAACCAAGAGGUAUUGAUAACAGAGCUCGCAGGAGGUUCAAGGGCCAAAUCUUGAUGCCCAACAUUGGUUAUGGUAGCAAUAGAAAGACGAAACACAUGCUGCCCACAGGAUUCAAAAAGUUUCUGGUCCACAAUGUCAAAGAACUUGAGGUGCUGAUGAUGAGUAACAAGUCUUAUUGUGCUGAGAUUGCUCACAAUGUUUCCUCCAAGAACCGCAAGGUAAUUGUGGAACGAGCAGCUCAGCUUGCUAUCAAGAUCACCAAUCCAAAUGCCAGACUGCGCAGUGAGGAAAAUGAAUAAAUGGGCUCCUCCUUUGUGUAACGGUAUUUUAUUAAAUACAAAAAAGCCACAAUGUGA